AACCAAUGCUGCUAAUGAAGACGGAGCUAAGCUAGCCAAAACUACGUCAAGGUUUGCAAACGGUGUUUUGUCAACAAUUCUUGCUCAAAAACUGCCCAGCCAUGCCGCCUCCAGAGACAAUGUACUGUUCCCAGCAAAUCAACAUCCCAAAAGGGCUGCCAGACAUCCUCAAGAACUUCACAAAGGCAGCCAUCCGAACACAGCCCAAAGACCUGCUGGUGUGGUCUGCAGCAUACUUCGAUGCACUGUCUAAAGGAGAGACCCUGCCUGUCAAGGAGAGACUGGAGCUCAACACUGACAACAAGAAUAAAGAUGCAACACUGACUCCAGGUCUGCUUAAGACCCUUCACAAGCAGCUGUCCGCUCGGGAGACAUGCAGCAGAAAGGAGUUGCAGGAGAAAUGGAAGGCUCUAUGUCUGCCCACGGAACAGCUGGAGAACAUGUUGAUACUGGGCAACUUUGACACGCAAAUCACCUGGAUGCACUUUUUCGCUGUGGGCUGCAGUGCUCUGGGAGAUGUGAGAUUCUGAGCGCUACAUUUAUGCCAUCAGGGUCGGUAAUUCAGCCUUAAAAGUGUGACAGUCAGAGCAGUAGAGACGGGUGGAAGCAAAUUUCAAGCAUGGAGAACUUUGCAGAUGAUGUGCUGGAAAGGGAAGCUGCAGUUCGUGCUGUUUCACACUGCCACCACACGGGGGCAGUCAUGCUCUGUAUUCCAGAUGUUUCGUUGCGUGUG